GGGUCUCGCGAGGCUGGCACGGCCGAGCCGUCGGGGCAGGGCCCGGGUGGCGCUGCCGGCCGCCAGGGCCGGGCCAUGCCCCGGGGGUGCUAUGGACCCGCAGCAGGGAUAUUCCCUUAACAGAUACCACCCCCCUCCAGUUCAAGGCUAUGAGCUCAGCAAGCUCAGACACCAGCGGCAGGGCCCAGGAUCUUGCCCUAAUGGUUUCCAGCUCAAGCAAAUAGAGUUUCUCAAGGGGCGGCUCCCGGAUGUGCCCCUGAUUGGGAAGCAGACAUCAUCACCACCACCACCACUCUUCCUCCCAGGACUCUGGCCAAGGUUUCCAGAACCACCUGCCAGAGGCAGGCAGCUUGAGAGCUGGGGUGUCCCCAGGAGCGUGCAUCUCGGAAUUCAGGGGUUCCAGAGAGGGUUCCAGCGUCCUUCGCCACGUGGCAGGAUCCUGCCAUGGAGAGGUGUUGAUAGGCUUUCCUCACAUUUCCAGGAACUGAGUAUCAGCCAGGAUCAAGAACAAAGGAUCUUAAAGCUUUUGGAGGAGCUUGGGGAAGGGAAGGCCACCACAGCACAUGAUCUGGCUGGGAAACUCAGGGCCCCAAAGAAGGAAGUCAAUCGAGUUUUAUACUCUCUGGCAAAGAAGGGUAAGCUACAUCAGGAGGCAGGAACACCCCCUUUGUGGAGAAUUGCGGUCUCGGCUCAGGCUGAGAACCAGCAGAGCAGAGCAGUGAAAUCAGCCAGUCAGAGCCAGGGAGCCCCAAACUCAGACCCUAGUUUGGAAACUGAAGACAGAAACGCCACAUCUGUCUUGGAAGAUCUUCUUGAUCCUUUUGACAUGGCCGAAAUCAAGGAGAAAAUCUGUGACUACCUAUUUAAUGUGUCUGACUCCUCUGCCCUGAAUUUGGCUAAAAAUAUUGGCUUCAGCAAGGCCCGAGAUGUGAAUGCUGUGCUGAUUGACUUGGAAAGGCAGGGGGAUGUCUACAGGCAAGGGACAACCCCUCCCAUAUGGUAUUUGACAGAUAAGAAGCGAGAGAGGAUGCAAAUGAAGAGAAAUACGAACAGUUUUCCUGAAACCACUGUAGCACCCAUCCCUGAGACCAAAAGAAACACAGAGUUCCCUACCUGUAACUUACCGACAUCAAAUGCCUCAAACAACGUGGUAACCACAGAAAAAGUGGAGAAUGGGCAGGCACCUGUCACAAAGUUACAAGACCGGCAAGUGACCAGACCAGAACCAAUGAGACUGAAACCACCUUUUCAUAACAAUGGCCCCUCAAGAGCAGGGUAUGUUGACUUUGAAAAUGGCCAGUGGGCCACAGAUGACAUCCCAGAUGACUUGAAUAGCAUCCGUGCACCACCAGGUGAGUUUCGAGCCAUCAUGGAGAUGCCCUCCUUCUACAGUCAUGGCUUGCCACGGUGCUCAACCUACAAGAAACUGACAGAGUGCCAGUUGAAGAACCCCGUCAGCGGGCUGUUAGAGUAUGCUCAGUUCACUAGUCAGACCUGUGAGUUCAACCUGAUAGAGCAGAGUGGACCAUCCCAUGAACCUCGAUUUAAAUUCCAGGUUGUCAUCAGUGGCCGAGAGUUUCCCCCAGCAGAAGCUGGCAGCAAGAAAGUGGCCAAGCAGGAUGCAGCCAUGAAAGCCAUGACAAUCCUCCUUAAGGAAGCCAAAGCCAAGGACAGUGGAAAAUCAGAAGAAUCAACCCCCUGUUCCACAGAGAAAGAAUCAGAAAAGACUGCAGAGUCCCAGCCCACCACUCCUUCAACAAUAUCCUCAUUUUCUGGGAAGAGCCCUGUCACUACAUUGCUUGAGUGCAUGCACAAAUUGGGGAGCUCCUGUGAAUUCCGUCUCCUAUCCAAGGAAGGCCCUGCCCAUGACCCCAAGUUCCAGUACUGUGUUGCAGUGGGAGCCCAAACUUUCCCCACCGUGAGCGCCCCCAGCAAGAAAGUGGCAAAGCAGAUGGCCGCAGAGGAAGCCAUGAAGGCCCUGCAUAGCGAGGCGACCAACUCCACAGGUUCUGAUAACCAGCCUGGAGGUACGAACACCGAAUCACUUGAUAACUUGGAAUCUGUAAUGCCCAGCAAGGUCAGGAGGAUUGGCGAGCUCGUCAGAUACCUGAACACCAACCCUGUGGGCGGCCUAUUAGAGUACGCCCGCUCCCAUGGCUUUGCUGCCGAAUUCAAGUUGAUUGACCAAUCCGGACCUCCUCACGAGCCCAAGUUCGUUUACCAAGCAAAAGUUGGGGGUCGCUGGUUCCCAGCCGUGUGCGCACACAGCAAGAAGCAAGGCAAGCAGGAAGCAGCAGAUGCCGCUCUCCGUGUCUUGAUUGGGGAGAACGAGAAGGCAGAACGCAUGGGUUUCACAGAGGUAACCCCAGUGACAGGGGCCAGUCUCAGAAGAACUUUGCUCCUCCUCUCAAGGUCCCCAGAAGCACAGCCAAAGACACUCCCUCUCACUGGCAGCACCUUCCACGACCAGAUAGCCAUGCUGAGCCACCGGUGCUUCAACGCCCUCACUAACAGUUUCCAGCCCUCCUUGCUUGGCCGCAAGAUCCUGGCUGCCAUCAUCAUGAAGAAAGACUCUGAGGACAUGGGUGUCGUAGUCAGCUUGGGGACAGGGAAUCGCUGUGUGAAGGGAGAUUCCCUCAGCCUAAAGGGAGAAACUGUCAACGACUGCCACGCGGAAAUCAUCUCCCGCAGAGGCUUCAUCAGGUUUCUCUACAGCGAGUUAAUGAAAUACAACCCCCAGACUGCGAAGGAUAGUAUAUUUGAACCUGCUAAAGGAGGAGAAAAGCUCCAAAUAAAAAAGACCGUGUCGUUCCAUCUCUAUAUCAGCACCGCCCCAUGCGGAGAUGGUGCCCUCUUUGACAAGUCCUGCAGUGACCGGGCUGUGGAAAGCACAGAUUCCCGCCACUACCCUGUCUUUGAGAAUCCCAAACAAGGCAAGCUCCGCACCAAGGUGGAGAAUGGGGAAGGCACCAUCCCUGUGGAGUCCAGUGACAUUGUGCCUACGUGGGAUGGCAUUCGGCUCGGGGAAAGACUCCGUACCAUGUCCUGUAGUGACAAAAUCCUACGCUGGAACGUGCUGGGCCUGCAAGGGGCUCUCUUGACCCACUUCCUGCAGCCCGUGUAUCUCAAAUCUGUCACAUUAGGUUACCUUUUCAGCCAAGGGCAUCUGACCCGUGCUAUUUGCUGUCGUGUGACAAGAGAUGGGAGUGCAUUUGAGGAUGGACUACGACAUCCCUUUAUUGUCAACCACCCUAAGGUUGGCCGAGUCAGUGUAUAUGAUUCCAAACGGCAAUCCGGGAAGACAAAGGAGACAAGCGUCAACUGGUGUUUGGCUGACGGCUAUGACCUGGAGAUCCUGGACGGUACCAGAGGCACCGUGGACGGGCCACGGAAUGAAUUGUCCCGGGUCUCCAAAAAGAACAUUUUUCUUCUAUUUAAGAAGCUCUGCUCCUUCCGUUACCGCAGGGAUCUACUGAAACUCUCCUAUGGUGAGGCCAAGAAAGCUGCCCGUGACUAUGAGAUAGCCAAGAACUACUUCAAAAAAAGCCUGAAGGAUAUGGGCUAUGGGAACUGGAUAAGCAAACCCCAGGAGGAAAAGAACUUUUAUCUCUGCCCAGUAUAGUAUGAUCCAGUGACAGAUGGAUAGGGGUGAGAGAGAGGUAGGUCGUAGCAUUCCUUUUUAUUUGCUCAAGGGAUUUAUUUCUCCUCCUUUUUUUCUCCCACCCGCAGUUGGUGUUAUUGAGAACUUUGGUUUCCCAUUUACCCUGCUUUUUUUGGUAUUGCUAGGCAGAGUCUGGUCAGGUGCCUCUUCCCAUGUGAAGAGGCAGAGACUAAGGGGAGGGAAAAGGGUUUAACUUUUCCUUCCCUGCAAGGCUAAGUAGUCACUGAGCCCCUAUAGCCCAUUUCCUCUGAAGUUUUGUUUUAGUUUUUUCCAUUUCCUUUCCCUUUGUGUUUGCUACACUGACCUCUUGAUUAGGCUCAGUCAACUCUGUGUGCGUCAUAUCAGGGACUGAUGAUUCAUUUGUGAAUUCUGUAGGCCCCUCUCCUUCCCCUUCUCCCCUUCUGAUAGUCCUUCCUUGUGAUCAAAGUUUCUCUUUGCCCUUCCCAAGAGGGUAAAGAGGUGAACUUAAAGAAUUUGGUGAAACAUUUACAAGGGCAGGAGUUUAAAACUGCAGUCAGUGCCAAUGGAAGUGCUAUCAGAAUCUGCAAAUAAUGCUUAGCGAUCUUCCCAUCUUGCACUUUAGCCAGCUUGGCGGGGCCGGGGGUGGGGUAAGGCAGGGAAAGCUGCCACUCUGGAAACCUAUCCCUUGCCCAGGCAGCAGCAAAGGCUAGAACCAGCCAGGCUGGGCCAGGGGAGUUUCCCACGCAGUAGCUGAGGUUUCUGCCUGCAGGUGACACAGACCACUUCCCAGGGAGCACAGAUAUUCCAAGCUCCAGCCACUUCUGCUCCUAGAACAUUCUUAAGAAUUUGCCCUGCCAGUGUGGAGUAUAAGACCAUAGACCCCAAACAACUGGUAGGAUAAAAAGUCCAGGACAAGUCCUAGAAGGUCAAAUCAUUUCUGCUCAGAUAAUCAGGACUUCGCAAGAAUAAGGGCAAAAAAUCAUGUUGGGUCAGAUCACUAUUCCACCUGGCAUCAUAUUUCUCAUGACAGCAACACCCAGGGAAAUUGACUAAGUCGUAUGCAAAUUAGGAGUUUUAAAAGAAUGCCAUAGGUGUUGAUUCUUUUUUUUUUUUUGUGAGGCAGAGUCUCGCUCUGUUGCCCAGGCUAGAGUGAGUGCCGUGGCGUCAGCCUAGCUCACAGCAUAUAGGUGUUGAUUCUUAACUGCUACGGAUAACCUAUAAUUGAGCAGACUUAAAAUUCAGAGGUACUUUUCCAUGUAUCCAAGCACUUUCACUUUGCCAGAGGUCUUCAGAAGUAGGUUCAUGGGCAGGGCACAGACCAGAGGUCUCCCUGCCUGUUAGAGAAUCCUUACAGGGUUGACAUACAACAAGGCAGUAGUUGCAGGUGAAAGGGCAGGUUGUCUUCAAACUCUGUGAGGUGGAUCUUGGUCUGUAUCUGCACCUAAUGUUGACUCGUGUGGUCAGAGCCUGUGGCCUCUCUCUGGAGUUCAGCUCUGGGGCUAAAUCAGCCAACCACACUCAAGAGGACUACAGGGCCGCUGCUGCCUUCAGGACCUGAGCCUGCCUCCUUCCUGUAGAUAAUGUAUCUUCAUCUGGGAACAUGCUGAGCCAAUGCCAUCAGGUGACUUUCCGUCCCCACCCCACCCCAAACUGCGGACAAGUUCACCCAUUGUCAGGCCCAGCUCUUCAACAGUAGAUACAUCCACAUUUGCACUUUUAUUCUUGGGGCCCGCUAUACCCUCUGUACUUUUGACCAAAAAUUGACCAAAAUAAGGAAACCCAAGUUUUUAAAACAGACUAAGGAUGUCUGUGCGGAACACCAAAGCGUCCCAAGGAACUGGUAGGAAAAUGGCACCUGUCUUCUGGGGUGGAAGGGGCCUGCCUGUUCCUUGGCCCUGUGAGUCUGCCAAAGGCACGUUAAAUCAAUCCUGGCCCGCACAUCUGGGGCAGAGAGAUCUCGUGGUUCCCAGCCACUGGAAGGAAGCACAUCCUCUCAGUUCUUCACCUGCUGAUUCCUCGGAAUGUUUGGCCCCGCUGGUCCAUCUUGGGCAUUAGAAUCUCCAGCAGAGCUCUGCCCAGCUGCCUCUUCUUUAAUGGGGACAACAGGGGCUCUCAAAAGAUCAGAUCCCCCAGUAGCCCCUACAAUUUUCUCUAGCAAACUUGCAGUAUUCAGUUGCUGCUGUAGGAAGAGAGCAAGGCAUCCCUGAACUCCACGUGUCUGCUGGAAAUUAAUCGUCAGGCCCUGCAUCACUGCGUCCCCAGGCCCCUCUGAAUCACACAGGACAGAGGAGGCAGAGCUUCCGCCGCUGUUCUCUUCAUGUUUUUGUCCCAUCUUUAAUAAGCAGGACCCCUUCCCCCCAACUUUUUUUUAAUUAUUUUUGUAGUUGAUUUGUCUGAACUGUGGCUAUUGUGCAUUCUUUGAAUAAUCACUUGUAAAAACUGUCAAUGCUUGAAGCUACUUCCUUUAUGUUGAAGUGAAUUUGUUCGGUUUUGGGGUCACAGCAGUGACUCCAAGAGGAGAGUAGGGAAGAGCCCAAGCAUAGACUUGGGUGCCACGAUGGCUGCAGUCCAGUUUUAUGAUUCUGCUUUGUUGUAUCCCUUGAUAAGUGACUAACAGUAUACAUUCCUCAUAAAUAAAAAAAAAAAAAAAGCA